GAGCUGUCCGCCUCGCACGUUUCCAAUCGCAUUACGUGAACAAAUAGCGGAGGGGCAGCGAGCGGGGCCAGAACGGCUUGUGUAACUGCAAACUUGUCAGAAAGUUUAAAAUCUCUCCCCUUCUUCCACUCCAGACACUGUGCGCUCGCCGGGACCGACCGUCGUGCGCCGCUGCUCCCCGUCGUCGUCUUCCAGGACUGGGAAAGGGGGUGCCACGUCCGACGGCGGCCUGGGCUGGGGGCAGGGUCUGCCGUCCGCCCUUGGCACGGCUCACUGCGACCCAUCCCCGCGCCUCGCCCUCCUCCCGGCCCCGAAGAGGUCUCGUUCCUUCGCGGGAUCUGAGCCCCGUCUUCACUCUCUCCCAGCCACGUCCUCCUCCCCGCAGAAAGGACUCGCCGGGAGAGCCAUGCGUUUCGCCUGGACCGUGCUCCUGCUGGGGCCGCUGCAGCUCUGUCCCCUUCUCCGCUGCGCCCCGCAGGCCCCGCGGGAGCCACCCGCCGCCCCGGGCGCCUGGCGCCAGACAAUCCAAUGGGAGAACAAUGGGCAGGUGUUCAGUCUGCUGAGCCUCGGGGCGCAGUACCAGCCGCAGCAGCGGCGACGCGACCCCAGCGCCGCCGCGGCCCCGGGCCCCGACGGCAACGCCGCCCCGCAGCCGCGCACGCCCAUUCUGCUGCUGCGGGACAACCGCACGGCCUCUGCCCGCGCGCGGACACCGAGCCCGUCGGGGGUCGCCCCCGGCCGUCCCCGGCCCGCCGCCCGCCACUGGUUCGAAGCUGGCUUCUCGCCGUCGGGGGCCCGCGAUGGUGGGACCUCCCGGCGCGCAGGGAACCGGACUGCGUCGCCACAGCCCCCGCAGCUCAGUAACCUGAGGCCUCCCAGCCACGUAGACCGCAUGGUGGGCGACGACCCCUACAAUCCCUACAAGUACUCCGACGACAAUCCCUAUUAUAACUACUAUGACACGUAUGAGAGGCCCCGGCCUGGGAGCAGGUACCGACCCGGAUACGGCACCGGUUACUUCCAGUAUGGUCUCCCGGACCUGGUGCCGGACCCCUACUACAUCCAGGCAUCUACAUAUGUGCAGAAGAUGUCUAUGUACAAUCUGAGAUGCGCUGCGGAAGAAAACUGCCUGGCUAGCUCAGCAUAUAGGGCAGAUGUCCGGGAUUAUGAUCACAGGGUACUGCUACGAUUUCCCCAAAGAGUGAAAAACCAAGGGACGUCUGACUUCUUACCAAGCCGCCCUCGCUAUUCCUGGGAGUGGCACAGUUGUCAUCAACAUUACCACAGCAUGGAUGAAUUCAGCCACUACGACCUGCUUGAUGCCAACACACAGAGGAGAGUGGCUGAAGGCCACAAAGCAAGCUUCUGUCUCGAGGACACAUCCUGUGACUACGGGUACCACAGGCGCUUUGCGUGCACCGCCCACACACAGGGAUUGAGUCCCGGAUGUUAUGAUACCUAUGCGGCAGACAUAGACUGCCAGUGGAUUGAUAUUACAGAUGUACAACCUGGAAACUAUAUUCUAAAGGUCAGUGUAAACCCCAGCUACCUGGUGCCUGAAUCAGACUACAGUAACAAUGUUGUACGCUGUGACAUUCGCUACACAGGACACCAUGCCUAUGCCUCAGGCUGCACAAUUUCACCGUAA